AUGUCUGGAGCCCUUGAUGGCCUGCAGAUGAAGGAGGAGGAUGUCCUCAAAUUCCUUGCUGCAGGAACCCACUUAGGUGGCACCAACCUUGACUUUCAGGUGGAGCAGUACAUCUACAAAAGGAAGAGUGAUGGUGUCUACAUCAUAAAUCUGAAGAGGACCUGGGAGAAGCUGUUGCUUGCAGCUCGGGCUAUUGUUGCCAUAGAGAGCCCUGCUGACGUCAGCGUCAUCUCCUCCAGGAACAGUGGCCAGCGAGCUGUGCUGAAGUUCGCUGCUGCCACUGGAGCCACUCCCAUUGCUGGCCACUUCACACCUGGGACCUUCACCAACCAGAUCCAAGCAGCCUUCAGGGAGUCAGGGCUUCUAGUGGUGACUGACCCCAGGGCUGACUGCCAGCCCCUCACAGAGUCCUCUUACGUCAACCUGCCCACCAUCGCUCUGUGCAACACGGAUUCUCCUCUGUGCUCUGUGGACAUUGCCAUCCCAUGCAACAACAAGGGAGCUGACUCACAGGGUCUGAUGUGGUUGAUGCUGGCCCGGGAAGUACUCUGCAUGCGUGGCACUCUCUUCUGUGAACACCCAUGGGAGGUUAUGUCUGGUGUUUACUUCUAUAGAGACAAGUUGACAAUUGAGAAUAAUCAUCAUAUUGCACAAAAAAAGAUGCCGGGCAGUGGUGAUAAGGAAACACUAUUAAUUAAAAGUUGUAUAUUUAUUGCACCAGUGGUUGUCGUCGUCAUCAUCAUCAUCAUCAUCAUCAUCAUCAUGGCUGUAUCAGACCUGAAUGAGUUUUCUAAAAUAGAGCCAAAGACCCUGCUUCAUACGUUGAGCCCAUGA